UUUAGCUGUCUGUUUUGAAAAAAAAUGAGAUCGGCCUACUAUUUUGCAAAAGGAAACCUACAAAACAUUCUUUUAUCAAAUUAUUUAAGGUCACCGUGUACAUAAUGCGGAUUUAGUAAACUAGUUAAUGUUGAUUGUUUUCCAGGAGACUCAGCAGGUCAAAUAAAGUUAGGCUGUGGAUUUAAUGUCUGUAAUCAACCGGAGAUUAAUCUUUGCUUUUUAUUUAUUUAAGCACUGAAAGGGGAUUAUUGAUAAUUCUAUAAUAGUAAUUAAAAGAAUUUGACCAGAUUAAGAUCAGCUUUGUGAGUGUUUUGUUGUUUGAAAUCCAAAUGAUUUAAUAUUAACUUUCGACUCAUUGACUUGUAAACUUGGAGAUAACCAAGAGGGAGUAGAAACGCAUGUUGAGGAAACACAGAAACAACCAGAAAAUACAGACUUCGAAAGAAAAACCCGGGUAAAUUGUUAUAUAAAAAAGGUUUACUUGAAUCGAGUUUUAUGAAAAUGGUCUACCGAAAGUGAAAUGAAACAGUGAAAACCUCAGGUGGAAUAAACAAAAAAGGACGCAUUUUUGGCUCAAAAGUUAAAAAUUAAUAACGCUAUUGGUAAAAUAUAAUGAUACGAGAGGUGAGGUGAAUUGUGAAAAACAUUGUAAUUGGUGGAUUACAUAUAUAUUUCAUUUUGUGUUUUGAAUUGGGAAAAAAAACUUUUUUAAAAUGCUUAAACGGAUGUCAAUGGCGAUGGUCCAAGGAGGUGCAAGUACUGCAACAGUACCGUCCGAAAUGGGCGAUAGCACUGUCACAGAAAGUACGUUUGGUAAAAAUGCCAGACCCUCACUGGCGGGAGUCAUGCUUUCGAGGAAAUUCGCGAAAAGAAUGUCUACUAAAUUAACGGAACGGAGAGGACUGGGAACCAUCGGAAGUUCUUCAGCCGGACUGGUUCCUGAAAAGGAACCAACGUAUCGAAUGGAACCAACGAAAAAAUUCAGUUCAGCCUCAGCGGAAAAUGUUAUAAAAGAAGUCUUAAAUGAUGCCUUUGAGGGGAUGAAAUACAACCCGAAGACGUGCUCGAAAUUGAUUAAAUCAUUAAGUGAUGAGAUAAAAGAACGGGUAAAAUUGUUAGGAUACGAUAGGUACAAAGUAAUAUGUAUAAUUUCUCUAUGCCAGAUAUCGGAACAAGCUGCGGUUUGCACGUCAAGGUGUGUCCUAGACAAAGCUAAUGACACUUACGCGACAUACACGUUCAAAAACGAUACUUUUAUAUGUAAUGCAACUGUGUAUGCUAUUUAUAGGGAAUAAAAACGAACGCAAGCUGGUGCCACAGUGGUAUGACAUUUGGAAGAAUCAUGGAAGGUUGUGAAAAUUAGUAUUGGAUUAGAUUAUUUCAAAGUUGAUAAUUAUUCCAAAGUUCAAGUAUUUAAAUGUCGAAUUUUAACUUCUUAAACGUUGCUAUGUUAAUGAUUAUAAUAUUAGAUAUCAGUUUUUGCUUUAUGACCAAUUUAGUUUAAAUGUGCUAUUAUCUAUUGUCAUUUAUGUAGACCUUCUUUGCAGCACACUUUCCUUUGGCGGUUUAUUUUUAGAGAAAUGUUUUAUAUUAUUUAUAUUUAUUCUCGGACUUGACAAAUUUGUGGACAAAUAGGACCAGAACAAUCGUUAUAGGUCAAUACGCACCGGAAUGAUUGCUAAAACUGGAAACACAAACUGCUUCAAAUAAAAAAAUAUUUUCAUUAAAAAUUAUCAAUAGGGCAUAUUACAUAGGGCUCUAUUAACUAUUAUGUAUGUAUAUGUUUGUACGAUUUCAAUAUUAUGUGUCUUUAAAUAUUUUUUCUAUGAAAAAAGUGCAUUUAAAUACCUUCAUUAUUUAUAAACAGAAAUUAAAGUUUAUUCAUUAUCUUCGUUUCUUUGAUUUGGAAUAUCCUGCGCAUGAUUGUCAGCGUGAUCGUCUGCUGGCAAAAGUCCGGAGAAAGUUGUUCGUCUGCGUCCAGGGAUCGUGAGAUGUCAUUGGUAACGUGAGAGUAUUUCUGAUUUUCCUUUUCCAUCAAUGGUAAAUAUUGAAUGGAUUGAACUUUGGCGAUUGGUUUCAGUUUUU